AUGAACUACCCCGGGUGGCCAACCACCGUGAAAGGAAGUGACCUCGACCAGCAGCAACAGCACCAGCAACAACAACAACAUCUUCAGCACCACCCUCACAGCCAACAACACCACCACCACCCUCACAACCAACAUCAUCCGCAGCCCCAUCAACCGCCACCUCAACAGCAACACCACCAACAGCAACAACAACCACAUCAGCGCCCGCAUUCUCAUCCACAUCCACCGCCAUCACAGCAGCAGCAGCCGCAGAUACCCCAGCUUCAAUCUGGUGCUCUUCCGUUUAGGGGUCAUCCCGGGGCUGCCCCUAGCAACGUCACGCCCGCGUCAUCAGUGGCUCCUGCUGCGCCUCCUCCUCCUCCUCCUCCUCCUCCCCCUCCCACGAGCCACGUUGACAACUCAACCACAGACCCGGCGUUGGCCGCGACACCUUCAUCGGCGGCUCACAAGUACAACCAGAAGCAAGUGUCGCAAACAAAGCGAGCUGAGCAGAACCGCAACGCCCAAAGAGCAUUUAGACAACGCAAGGAGAAGUACGUGCAGGACCUAGAAGCCAAGUCCCAGGAGUUGGAAGACCUAAAGACAAAGUACAAGAACUUGAACAACGAAAAUGUCCAGUUGAAGGACUACGUGAUGAUUUUGCAACGAAAGAUUAUUGAGUUGACUCAGGGCAAGGAAAUGAACCAUCAUAAUGACAACUCCAUUUCUAAUCCCUUCGGAGCGAAAUAA